UAGAGGACUAGAGGUGGAUUCUGAUUGGUCGCGCUGUAUUAGGGGGCGGGCCCGCAGCAGGAGUAGCACGUUGUGUAUGAGCAGUGAUGGCUGCGGCCACAGGCAGGAGCGUCGUGUUUGUCACCGGGAACGCGAAGAAGCUGGAGGAGGUCAUCCAGAUACUUGGAGAUAAUUUUCCUUAUAAACUCAUCGCUCAGAAGAUAGACUUGCCUGAAUACCAAGGAGAACCCGACGAAAUAUCCAUUCAGAAGUGUAAAGAAGCCGCAAGACAGAUUCGGGGUCCGGUCAUAGUAGAAGACACUUGUCUGUGCUUCAAUGCUCUGGGUGGUCUCCCCGGCCCUUACAUAAAAUGGUUCCUUGACAAACUAAAACCUGAAGGGUUGCACCGCAUGUUGGCCGGAUUUGAGGAUAAAUCAGCUUAUGCCCUGUGCACGUUUGCAUACAGCAGGGGAGAGCCGGAGGAGCCUGUUCUGCUGUUCAGAGGAAAAACCCCGGGUCAGAUAGUCUCCCCGCGAGGACCCCGGGACUUCGGGUGGGAUCCCUGUUUCCAGCCCGAUGGCUUUGAUCAGACGUAUGCAGAGCUGCCGAAAGAGGUGAAGAAUAGUAUUUCCCAUCGGUACAGAGCCCUGAAAGAAUUGUCUGAUUACUUUAUCCAGAACGGCGCCCCCAAGAGCUGAGACCAGGACAUAACAAUCGAUCUCUACGAAGCUCAUGAAGACUGUAGUGGAAUCUUCUGAUGUCCAUAACCCUGUUAUUGUUGUUCUUUUGUCCUGAUCGAUAGAGCAAAUUGUACAAUAAAGUUUCUUUUUAUAAAA